AUGGCAGGUUACACAGAUAUUGACAGAUUGGCUAUUUCCACUAUUAGGCUGUUGGCUGUGGAUCAGGUUUCCAAGGCCAACUCAGGGCACCCCGGUGCACCUUUGGGAUUAGCCCCGGCCGCUCACGUGAUUUGGAAGCAGAUGAAAUUUAAUCCAAAGAGUCCAGAAUGGAUUAAUAGGGAUAGGUUUGUUCUUUCAAAUGGACAUGCGGUUGCGUUGUUGUACUCUUUGUUACAUUUGUUUGGGUAUCCAUUGUCUGUAGAGGAUUUGAAACAAUUUAGACAAGUAGGUUCUCGGACUCCAGGGCAUCCAGAGGCUGAUUUGGACGGGAUAGAUGUAACAACUGGUCCAUUAGGUCAGGGUAUUUGUAAUGCGGUUGGUUUAGCUAUCGCCCAGGCAAACUUUGCUGCUACUUACAACAAGCCUGGGUUUGAAUUGUCUAACAAUUACACAUAUGUUUUUCUUGGGGAUGGUUGUUUGCAAGAAGGUGUGUCUUCUGAAGCUAGUUCUUUGGCUGGUCAUCUACAAUUGGGUAAUUUGAUUGCUAUUUACGAUGACAAUCGGAUUACCAUCGAUGGUGAUACCAAAGUUUCCUUCGAUGAGGAUGUAAGAAAGAGAUAUGAGGCCUAUGGUUGGGAAGUUUUGAGUGUUGAGAAUGGUAAUGAGGAUCUGGAUGCGAUCGCUCAUGCUUUAGAGCAAGCAAAGAAGUCUAAAGACAAACCAACUUUGAUUAAGUUGACCACGAUGAUAGGUUAUGGUUCCUUGGAAGCCGGGUCGCAUGCGGUACACGGUGCUCCAUUAAAGGCUGAUGAUGUUAAGCAGUUGAAGACUAGUCUUGGUUUCACUGCUGAUGAGGCCUUUGUUGUUCCUCAGGAGGUUUAUGACCUUUACAACAAAAGCACUAUCCAGCCAGGUGCCCAGGCUGAGACUGAAUGGAAUGCCUUGUUUGAGAGAUACAUUGAGUCCCAUCCAAAAGAGGGAGCUGAAUUGAAGAGAAGAUUGGCAGGUGAAUUACCUGAAAACUGGGUCUCCAAAUUGCCUGUAUACAACCCAUCUGACUCUGCAAUUGCCUCAAGAAAAUUGUCUGAGAUUGUUCUUCAAUCUAUUUACAACGAGUUACCCGAAUUGAUUGGUGGCUCUGCUGAUUUAACUCCUUCUAAUCUGACCAGAUGGAAUGAAGCCGUGGACUUCCAACCACCACAGUCUGGGUUAGGUGACUACACUGGUAGGUAUAUUAGAUAUGGUGUUCGUGAACAUGGUAUGGGUGCCAUAAUAAACGGUAUCUCUGCUUUUGGUGCAAACUAUAAACCUUUUGGUGCAACAUUUUUGAACUUUGUUUCUUAUGCUGCCGGUGCUGUGAGAUUGGCUGCUUUGUCUGGCCACCCAGUCAUUUGGGUUGCUACCCAUGAUUCGAUUGGUUUGGGAGAAGAUGGACCAACCCAUCAGCCAGUUGAGACUUUGACUCACUUGAGAGCCUUACCUAACAUGCAAGUUUGGAGACCUGCUGACGGUAAUGAGGUUUCUGCUGCAUAUAAGGUUGCUCUAGAAUCUAAACAUACUCCUGCUGUUUUGGCUCUUUCUCGACAAAAUCUUCCCCAAUUAGAGGGCUCCUCUAUAGAAAAAGCAUCCAAGGGAGGUUACAUCUUGAAAGAUAUUCAGAAUCCAGAUAUUUCGAUCAUCUCCACUGGUUCUGAAGUCUCGAUUGCUGUAGAAGCAGCGAAGCUCCUAGCUGAAAAGAAUGUGAAGGUUAGAGUUGUAUCCCUCCCGGACUUCCACACUUUUGCUCAACAACCAAAAGACUAUCAAAUGUCUGUCUUGCCAGAUGGUGUUCCAAUUUUGUCAUUCGAAGUUUUAUCGACUUCUGGCUGGGCUAAGUAUGCUCACCAAUCCUUUGGAUUAGAUACCUUUGGCGCUUCCGGUAAGGGGCCUGAUGUCUACAAGCACUUUGGAUUCACUGUUGAAGGUGUUGUCGAUAAGGCAGAGAAGACGAUUGCUUUUUACAAGGGCAAGCAAGUUAUUUCUCCAUUGAAUAAGGCAUUUUAG